CUUAACUAUUCUCAUAUUGAAAAUUUAUUAUGGAUUCUCCACUACCCCAGAAAUACCUCCAGAUCCAAAUUCAAGAUGACUUGAAGUAUGAUGUCCGCAUCGAAAACGCGGAACUUGAACGCGGCAAAUUUUACAAUGAGGAUGAUCCAAGCGAUAUCCUAAAAUCCGACGAUGUCGACGACAUGGUUAUUCGCCACAACGGUGGGAUCCGGACCGUCUGCUCUAUGGACGGCUCUCGAGGCCAUCUCGAUCUUGUUGACGAUGUACGAGAUGCGAAGAUUUGCACUCUAUCCUGGAGAGCCUCUACACAGUUUAGAGCACCCAACGAGAUCAAGAAACUCGAUCAGGAUGAGCGGUACGUGGUUGAUAUUGGGAGCUGGGACGAGACUGUGACUACGGGACGGGUCCCUGUUACGGUUAAGGAACGUGAUUGAUCGUAAUUGGAGUUGGCCUCUUGUUUUUAUUUAGGGUUGUUGGCUAUGGGAAGGUGGUGAUGGCGCCGUUAUGCAGAUCAGCAUGCUAAACGAUACGGGCAGUGACCAAAUCACAAUCUUUGAGCACGAGACCAUGACCCUUGUAGGCACAUGCCCUUUUUACUUUCCCGCAAUGUGGGUGGCAGGGUUUUUUAUGGCC